CAAAAUGAAACUUCAUUAAACACCGCUCCCAGGAAGCAGCAUGGCGGCCGGCUCGAUUGAAAUCCCUCUCCGGGAUACAGAUGAAGUGAUCGAGCUCGAUCUUGACCAGCUGCCUGAGGGAGAUGAAGUUCUCAGUAUUUUGCGACAGGAAGUGGCUCCACUUCACAUCUGGGUCACUCUUGCUCUGGAGUAUUACAAGUCCAACUAUGUAGAGGACUUUGUGAAGAUCCUAGAUGCAUCCCGAACAGAUGCGGGACUGGACUACCCAAACUUCGAGCGUGAUCAGAUGCGAGCACUUGACACACUGGCUGCAUUUUAUGUACAGAAGGCCCACAAAGAGAAGAACAAGGACAAGAAGAGAGAACUGUUCACCCAGGCUACUCUCCUCUACACCACCGCUGAUAAAAUCAUCAUGUACGACCAGGAUAAUUAA